AUGUCGACCUCAGCUCCUGUCAGCGCAGAUGACCUUUGUUUAGCUGGCAAUGAGCUGCAUAAAGCUCGAAAAGUCGAUGAAGCUAUUAUACUCUACCAGCAAGCUUGUGAUGCAGCACCACUUGACGCAAGCCCUUGGUCAAAUCUGUCAGCAGCACAGUAUGAGCUGGGUGAUUAUGCCGCUUCGAUGGAGGCUGGUGAUAAGGCACUCGAGCUUUUGGAAGACGAUGUGAAGAAGCACAAGAUCAUGCCGAGAAAGGCGAAGUCUUUGGAAAAAAAUGAUCUCUUGGAGGCGUCCUGGUGCCAGCCGAGCUGUAGUUGA